CACACUGUUAGAGGACCCACUGCACCAACACGAGAUUGUAUACAGAAUAUUUUCUUUUAAUAUUUAUUGGUAAUUAUUAGCAGGGUGGCUAUUCUCUAGCUCUAGACACCGCUGAUUAUUUGAUGCCAGGGCUUUUUAUUGUGACUGCAGUGUAGACAGCAGAGAUGAAGGCCAAGAAGAAGAAGAGACAGGAUGAUUUUCAGAAGGUCAAGUUAAAGGUGGGGAAGAAGAAGCCCAAAGCUGAUAAUGCCACCAACACUAAUUUCCGCUCAAAGGGAAUCCAUCUAUCUGAACAGCUGAAGAGAGACACAAGUGGCCCAACCACACACAGACAGCUUGGAAUCAAUGACCUCCUGUCUCAGCUCCACCAUUACAAUGCCAAUGUGAAACAUAGUGCCUUGUUGGGUUUGAAAGAGUUGCUGUCCCUUAAUCCAUCUCUGUUAGAGCAGCAUCUCUCGCGGCUGCUCUCUGAAGUUGCAGCUGUUUUCACAGACAAGGAUGGCAACGUUCGUGUGGCAGCUACACGUGUGCUCAGGUUCAUCGCACAGUCUGUGCCUGCAGAACGAGUGGCCCCAUUUUUCCCUCUCCUCAGUGCCCACCUGUCUUGUGCCAUGACCCACAUUGAGACAGGCAUCCAGGAGGAUGCAAUGAAGGACCUUGAUGUGUUGCUGGAACACUACCCUGCUCUGCUAGCAGCGCGGCCUGCAGUACUCCUCACUAACUUCCUAGAGUUGAUCUCUCACAGACAAAGCAGUGGAGGAGCCAAGAAGUCCCAGGAUGCCAAGGGGCGGACCUGGGCAUUGUCAGUCAGUCUUAACAGGGCUGUGACUAGCCAGCAGUGGCGGCUAUCUGUGCUCCUCAGGCUUGGGCGCUUUCUUCAGGCAGUAGUUGAGGAAAGACCAGUUGAGGAAGGUGACAUGUCUGUCGCAACUGAGGGAGUGUUUGGUUCCAGUGGAGAGGGACGGCUUUCACCUCUGUUUCUCAACUGGGAAGAGCUCACCUACAGUAAGGUUGGAGUUAAGGUGUAUGAGCAUUCUGGGGCCAAACCAACUCCACGUUCCACUUUUAGGCUCAGACCUGAGGUGGAUCCUGGGGCUACAGUGGGUGAGAGUCUGGACUCAGCUGAGGCUGUUCAGAGCUUUGCAGCUACACUGGUACCUCUUCUGCUGGAAGUUUGGGUCGAGGCCAGCGCUAGUGACUGUUCCUGGAACACUACUGAGGGCGCUCACCUGCUCACCCCAGAUGCUAUGUCAGUAAUGUUCCAGGUGUUGUCUAUUCUGCAGCUGCUGAGAAAACUGGCACCACAGCAGGAGCACCAGGAUUCACUGGAUGCAUGGUUCCGUAAAGAAUACCUGGGAGAUUUUAAGCAGCACUUCAUGAAAAACUUUCCCUAUGGUGCUCAGGACAUACCCAAACAUAAAAGAAAGGUGGAUCUCAAAAGGAGUAAACAAACUGCAGCUGUUCCAGGUUUGACUGUGGAGCCUCUGGCACUCAACAUCACACUUUGCCAGGUCAUGGUGUCCCUCAGCCAGAGGCAGGGACUCAUCCGAGAGGCAGAUGGAGACUGGCUGGCGCUACUGAGGACGUUUGUCCGAGACACUCUGAGCAGCGGAGUGAAACUGAGCUAUAGGCAGCUCCACAUGCUGCUUGGUACUGUGUGGAAGAUGGUGCUCACACAGAGGAGCAAAACAGUGACAGAGGACCUGUUGGCAGCAGUGUACAUCUACUAUAAGCAGAAGCACCUGACUCUACAGACACGAUCUCUGCUGCUGUCUUUCUACAGCAAGCUCUACCUGCAGGAGCAAGGUCAUACACACAUAGCCAGGAGUAAGGUGCUGUGUCGGUGGUUGGCUUCUCUUCCCGUGCAGUUGUCCCAGCUUGGCCACCGUAACCCUGCGCUCUCUGCGCGACUUAUCCUGUCCAUCCAGGCUGCUGCUUCUCGGGGAAACAAGGAUCUGCUCAACAGUCUGCAGACACAAGCCUGCAGGCUCUAUGAUCCACAGGAAGGAGUUGUGGUGCUGUUACCAGCAGAGUCCCAGCAGCGAAUGGUACAGCUACUCUACUUCCUACCCAAGAUGUCCCAGUCUCUUCUGGCCAACCUGAGCUGCUGCUGCACUGCUGGACGAAUCUCUGCUGGACUUGCUGCCUCUCUGAUUCGUAUUGUACAUCUUAGGUCAUCUCUGAGUGGCUGGUCAGUUGGGAGCCAGGAAGCGGCUCUGCAGGACGUGGACUACAUCAGCUUCCUGUUCUCCACCCUGACGGGCUUCUCGUCUGACAAGCUCGCCUCCCUGCAGGAGGCCGGCGACGAGAGUGCCCUGCCUUCCUCGCCUCUCUCACCCCUCAGUCUCUACCCCACCCCGCUGGAACAGUUCACCCACCACUGGGACAUUGUUGAGGAGGUGUGCCACUGUCUGGAAACUCUGGGUUCCAAGUCUCAGUGCUUUGACAUCUUGCAAAAUGGCAUUUGCAAAUAUCUGACCAAGUUAGGAGUGGUUCCUGACAGUAUGGCGGCCGGCCUGCUGAGAGCGGUGUCCAGAUUAUUGGACCUGUCCGUCCUGCCCAUUGAACCUGUGCUGCGCUUCUUGUCUCAGUCCUGCCUCAGCCUGCUGGCUCUGCUCAUCACCCUGCAGCAGGAAGCACCUGCCGAAACCAACCAUAAAAGGGAGGCAAUUUGGGGUGCUUGUGUGUUAGCAUUGAGCACCGUUCCUCGCCUGCUGCGGAUUGUUCUGCAGUUAUUGCGUGUUGGAGAUCUGAGUGAGGAGGAGCUGCCACAGCUCGGGCAGAUCCUGUCAAUGCUGCUGCAGCACGCGCCACUCCACAACCAGCUGCUGGCCAAUGCUGCUCUGCUGCAGGAGAUCAUACAACAGCUCACGAGGCACUCCCGAGCUGCAACCAGGGAGCAGUGGCUGACGGAUUUACUCUACUGUUACAGCCUCACUGUGGCUCAUGGCUCCUCUGCUCACCGUGGAAACCUGGGCCUUCGAGACAUGUACUGACCGAUACACCCACCAGACAAGUACCUGGUGUGUUCCUCAGUUCACCCUCUGAAACAUCUUACAGUCACAUUGUCAAACGAAACACUCACAGCUCUCAGCACUGACGAAUACAUCAGACGAUACUUUCAGACACAUAAAAUGGAAAAAAAUUUUUUUAUUGUGAGUGACAAUGAAUAGUCCACAUAGUUUAUUUAAGAACUUUGGCUGUUUUUCUUGUCUUAAGCUGCCUCUAUAUUGCUUCAUUCUUACCCUGUUAAUUGACAUUUUGCCUCUUCUGAGCACUGUUGUUAUUGUUGUUGCAGAACAUUGCCCAGUUGUUUUUGGGGUACCUGGAGACUUUUGAUUAAAAAAAACAAAACUAAAAGAAAAAAAAAAAAACAGAAUAAA